AUGAACGGUUUCUGCGAUGCGUCAGAACAAGCAUAUGGCGCUUGCGUAUAUGUCCGCUCAAGAGAUGCCAGUGGAAAAUGGCACUCAAGACUACUGUGUGCUAAAACUCGGGUGGCACCGCUGAAAGGAGCCACAAUUCCAAGACUGGAAUUGAACGGUGCACUGCUGCUAGCCGAGCUAGUCAAUAAGGUAGCUGAAUCUUGGAUGGUCAGUGUACACACCUUUCGCUUAUGGACCGAUUCUAUGAUAGUGUUGAGUUGGCUAAACAGUCAAGGAGUGCGCUUAAAAACCUUCGUGCUAAAUCGUGUGUGUCAAAUCCUGGAAUUAACAGAUAUAUCACAAUGGCAUCAAGUACGCACAGAUAGAAACCCAGCGGACAUAAUAUCACGAGGAAUAACCUCGUCAGAGUUGAUAGUAGCCGAGGAAUGGUGGCAAGGACCUAAAUGGAUGUCAACCGAAGAAGAAAAAUGGUCUCACCCCACGGCCCAAUUAAUUGAAGACGACCAAAUACCAGAGCAACGACAGUUAAAAAUUGCAUUAGUUGCUUGUGACACUAUCAACAACCUUUUUAACGCGUAUUCUAAUUGGAACACCCUAGUAAGGUCCGUUGCCUGGAUCUUACGUUUCAUAAAGUACAAGAAAUCUAAGGUCAUAGACAGUUUCAAAUUUCUUUCCGUCCCAGAAUUGAAGAACGCAUCUUUAUCAAUAAUAAAACGAGUUCAUGAAGAAGCAUUUCAUGAAGAUAUCGUUAGGAUCAACACUAAUAAAUAA